ACAAGAAGAAGAGGCAGAAGGGUCUUGUGACCAGCUUUUGAGGAAGUGAAAGCAACAAGAACAGCUUCGAGUAAGUGAUCUUUUUUAUGUUGUUUAAAUAAAUAACUUGAAUAAUAAUGACACUUAAGCAUAUAACCUACUGCUGCGUGUAGCCUUAACUGAGACUAAGAGAUAAACUAAUCGGACAGAGCAGGUAUUUCUCCUUUAAACCCCUUUAAACCUGGAGACCUAACUAGACAUCCAAAACAAAGACAGAAGUUUGCUCAUCUUCAUCAGUUUUAAAUCAAAUAACACUUUUACUCUUCGUGUCAAUGUUAUCCAAUUAUCCAAAAUCAUUUUAAGUGAACUGACACUGAGAUACAGGAGUGUAAACACACAGUUAUGCUUUAGGGUUUGAAAGAAAAACAAAAGAGGGAGGUUUGAUACUGUGGGUUUUAAACUGUCUAUAUCAGUGAAACACAGCUGACUGUGUACAUAUCAUACAAACAUGUACAAAAUCACUUACAAAGAGAUUAAUAGCUGUAUAAAGACUUGUUAGUGGCAAAUGUAAAAAUCUGUUUACAGCUGUAAUUGUACAUGUUGUACUCUUACUUUGUAAGUUUUUACAAAAUUAUUCUCACAUUUAUUUACAGUAUAGAAAUUACAGGUUAUUGUCAACAUGCCCAUCAUUAUAGCAGUCUCUCCCAGGGUAAAAACACAAAGGUUGUCACCAGAGGGGCACUUAGAUGUCCCCGCUGAUGUGCACAGGCCUGGGAUGUGCUUCAGAGCUCCAGACUAACUUUCCUCUUGAGCGCCCCGGGACCGUCCAGAAAAGAUAUUUUAACCAACCCAAUGCAAACAUCAUCUUUAAUUGUUGUUACUUAUGUUACGAAAACAGCAACAGCAUGUUCCCUUAAUAUGUCAUUUUCAGUCAUCCUGUGUGUUUACUAUGAACGGCAUUUUUUUGCCCAUUGCAGCACUUCCUUCCCUGUCAUUAAGGUCACUGGUUUUUCAGUGUACCAAAAUGGGCCCGUAGUUCCUCAUCAAUGCUUCUAUUGUGUGCGAUAUAUGCCGAGUUCCUUCAUUUCUGCCUGGUCUCAUAAUAGUGAUCUCCAUCCCCUUGCUGGUCUCCUGAAGUUCCUGUGUGGCCUUUGCAGAGCAGGUGUAGUGUUUGUGUAUGGCUUGUAAAAUGUGCUUGAUGUCAUACAGCUGAAGAACCUGUUUGACAGUCUAGAGCAGUGAGCGCUAGAGAGUAAGCCUGAGAUUGGGCAGAGGGAUGGAGAACGUUGAAGUCUGGCAGCCACUCCAUUGUUCAUUCCCAGCAUAUAACAGCAGCAUCAUCACACCCAGAGCCAGCUAGACGUUGUUUAAGGUCCUCUUCUCCCACUCCAACCUUUCAUAGUCCAGCCAGAACUGCAUUCAAAAUGCCCCGGCUAUGGGCAUGCUCCAGAGCAACAAUCUGGAUGAGCUGGUUCACUGGUUUGCCGUCCUGUAGGUAGGUAGAGUAGAUCAACUCUUGGUCCUUCACUCAUCGUUAGACUGAGGAGUCAGACAUGAUAGAUAAGAAUCUUGCGGAUUGCAGCUUUUUCUGAAGCUCCUUAGUGAAGCAUAAACUGAUGGCUAUAAUAAACAUAUGGCAUACCUGGUCUUUGCUCUAUGCCGUGCCAAGGUCCAGGUCCUCUUUAGUGAUGAAGUAGGCUAUGUUGAUGAGUUUUACCAUCUUCUCUUUUAUUGCUACGUCCAUUCUGUUAAAAGCUGAUCCCUUGCCUCUAACCGUGACCAUAGUUCAGGCACUUGUGGCUCGGCAGCACUUCAGCUCAGUAUGGUGAGUGUAGUUGUGUUUAGGAGGAAGAUGCCACAUAAAAACUGCCUACCCCUAAAUUUCGAACAGCUUUCUCAGCAUUGUGUCACAGAAGCAGCAAAUGAAAACUACACUUUAUCGCUAUGGAAAAAAACAAACUUUUUUUUUCUUUUUCUAGGUUAAUGGUACUCAACAUUUUGCAGAGAUGGCAAAGAGAUGGGUGCCAAUUCAUCUACUGCUUCUAUGGAUGCUCGCUGACAUAUCUGGUGAGCUGACUGUUAUUGCUAUUUACACGAUUCUAUCAGCCUCUACGAAGAGGGAGAUUUCUGUCUUGCCACUGCACUGAUAUGGUCAAAAGCCCCCCCUGACCACAUGUCAAAGACGUGAUCAAUUGCAGUUGAAUCAGUGAUCUGUUUGUAAAAGUGAUAAUUAAAAAUUCUGUAGAAUUCUGUGUAUGUAUUAAUUAUUGAUUGAUAAUGUCUCUCUUGUGUUUGUCCUCUCUUAUCUGUCCAUCCUCUAGAGUCCAGAUUGUCUUUGUUUGCUCCGAAUGCGGUGACACUAGAGGAAACCUCAAAAGCAAAUAUCACCAUUACUUCCAGGUGAGGAUAGACACACAGUCUCUAAUGUACUGAAAAUCAUUGAACCUUCACAUUUUAUGAAAGACUGGGUUCUUCACUUAAAUUCACCACUUUGUUCUAGAGAGUAUUUUUGGAUGAUUGAGAAAGAUUGGGAUUUUUCAUGAGCUCUUUGCUGCAUCUUUUCCCAUUUUUGCAACUACAAAAACUGUCGUGACCAGUUUUGAUUUGACGUUUGUUUUCAUACAAAUCAGCAGAUCCACGGUUAAAUUGUAAAGUUAAUGAAUUACACAGAAAUUAUGAUGUUGAUAAAAACGUGAGAGUAUUGUAACCUGUGUUAUCCACACAGGUUACAAGAAUUAAGUUAUAAAAGCUUACCUUUACAUAAGUAGGAUGGAGAGCCAUGUCUUGGAAAGAGACCUCACUGUGGUUUGAAAGAGAAGAGAGAGAGAGAGAGAGAGAGAGAGAGAGACUCACAUGCAGUAUGUGUAAGUGUUGUUCUGACUUGAUGUUUGUUUUUCCCUAGUUUGUCUGUCAACGAAUCAACUGUGAUUGAGUUCAAUGUUACCUACAGCUCCAAGCAGAACUACUCUUCUAUAAUUACACUGCCAGGACAGGUAAAAUAUAACCCCCCCAAAACAAAAACAAAACAAAACACUGAAGGAAGACUUAAUUAUUUAUUUUACAUGGCUCUCAUUUGUCGGCUAUAUUUUAAACACUUGUGUUUUUUUAAUUAAUGUACUUGUUUUUGUUUAGGUUGUUCUGCCAGCAGGGGCAACCUCAGUCACCUUUAAUGUGACGUCCCAUGAAGUGGGUCAGGUGACGACACACCUGCAGAACAAUAACACAGAUCUCAACAGGUAGGUUUUGGUACAGAGGCAGCCGAGACUGAUUUAAAAAGAUUAGCGUAAAUCUCCCAGAAUAUUGCAGAAUCUUAAAGUAUGCCUGUCGAUAGUAAUGUCUGUCAAAUCACCACCAGAGACAAUUUUGUUUCAACAUUCAGUUAGCUCAGAGAAAAGUCAGCUUGUCAAUUUGGAUACAAACUGUCAUCUGGCUGAGCUGACAGACAUUUCUAAAUCUGAGCCCUAAGGGAAUUAAUCGAUGUCACCUGGAGAUGACUGAGCGUUUGAGGUUGCAAGGGCUUGAAACAAUAAUACUGAAAGUUCUGUUAUUAGUUUUUAAUAUUUUUAUUCAAUUAGGUAUUAGCACCUUUCAAAUUUUAGAAAUACAAAACAGUAAAGCAGACCAUGGUAUCGGCCCACAAGAGAACAGAGUUCAUAUACUGUUUCUAAUUUGUAUGUAAUAGGGAUAUAAGCGUGUUUUGAGACUCUGGUUGGUUCUGGUUACUGUGUUCAUAUUAUAUGUUAGAGUCAGUUACAGAAGAAGGUUCAAAUGUUUUGAACAGUUAUUUUAACAAAGGAGCUGAGGAUAUUGGUCUUUUUAGGCCUAGAGUUGUGCUUUUGGGAAAGCUUAUCUUUCCUCCAUGGCUAGUUUAGGAAGUGGUGGGGUGUGUAGUUGUGAAUGUUGAAAAGUUCAGAGGUAAACCUGAACAUGAACUGAGUCACAGCUGCCCCAUAAUAAUUAUAUAAUAGGGAUUUUGUGGUCUGUCAGGGUUUUCUAUGUACUAUGGAUUUUAAGGAGUGUAUUCUAGCCACAUUUUAUAUCCCCUAUGCUGACAUUACCCAAGCAUUUAAAAUAUUGUUUGAUUGUAUAAUCAUUUCAUUCACAAUCCUGACUCUCUCCCCUCUAAUCUCUCCACCAGGAUCCGCUUUAUGGUUGUCCGUAGCAACAUCCUCACUGGAAUUAGCCAGGUGAUAGGCUGGAUUUACUUUCUUGCCUGGUCAGUGUCCUUCUACCCACAGGCUUGGGAAAACUGGAGGAGGAAAAGGUAGCUUUCUUUUUCCUUUUCAGAAAGGUUUUAGUUUGUCCACUCUUCUAUUAAUAUUGGAUAUUUUGAUGUCUUUUAAGAAUUUCACAGGCUUGAAUUUUGAUGUUGUGAGAUGUAAACAUAUUGAUCAUUAAUUUUAUGGCUCCUCAAACCACUCGGAUGAAACGGUUUAUAUGUAGCCUCGAUAGUGCAAAAUCAUUACUUGACAGAGUUUUAUUGCAAAAAAAACAUUAGACAGAUUAUUCUAACAUGCCUGUUUUUAGUGUUGUAGGUCUCAACUUUGAUUUCCUGGCCCUCAACCUUACCGGCUUCAUUGCUUACAGUGUCUUCAACAUAGGGCUGUUCUGGAUUCCUUACACAAAGGUAACUUAAUCCCUUAAAGUGGCCCUCUGCUGUGUUAAACUUUCAGUCCAGUCCACUGGUCAGUUUAAAACUUUCAGGAGAACCUGGACCCACAUUUCAGGAAUUAAACAAUAAAUCCCAAAGCUACAACUUUCCUGGAAAUGUCCAGCCCUACACCAACUCUACUUCAGUGCCCAGCAACAAAAAAUUAAAAAAAAAUUAAAUCCACUAUUAACCAUGUUCUAGGAAAGAUUAAAUGAAUUAAAAUGAAUCUAAAUUAUUUGAAAGUUUCAGAGAAGUGAACAGAUUGGCUUUGAAAAUGAGAUUAGAAAUGAUGCCACAUUUCAUUCACCUCUUGGCAGCCUGUGUUGGUUGACCCUGUCAUUGCUGUCUGGACUGAACAUUUUGUAAAAACAUUCAGCAAGAAUAACAUCUAUGUUUUUCUGAUAUAUUUGGUCACUUUGGUUUGAAUGAGAGGGCAGGUUGCAGUGGAGUAUGUAAACCACACAGGAUUACUGCACACCCUUUUUUGUCUAACAGUAUAUGGUGUCUGUUGUCUGUUUGUCUGCUGUGUGUCUUUCCACAGGAGGAGUUUCUGAAGGAGAACCCCAACGGGAUUAACCCUGUUGAUGCCAAUGAUGUCUUCUUCAGUCUCCAUGCUGUCCUGUUAUGUUUGAUCUACGCCAUCCAGGCUGCUAUUUAUGAGGUGCGAGUCUGCAAAUAUAAGAAGCUUUUGAAAAUCAGAGGUUUGAAAUAUUUAGAAGUUUAGGAGUUUUAAGGGAGAAAUGGUUCCAUAUAUUGACCAAUUGGCCUUAUUACGAAACAGUCAACUGUAUCUGUGUUCCAGGAAAUAGUUCCACAUUUGUCUGUAGACACCCCAACAGCAAACUUUCAUUCAAAGCUAUAGACACAGAGAAACAAGUUGUUUAUGCUGUGAUAUAUACACACUCUUGAGUGUUAAUCUGUGUAGAUCAGACUAAGACCAAAGCUAGUGCUUCUCUGUGCCUCGAGUCUGAAAUCUAUGAUUCUUACUGAGUUUAAAGAACCACAGUUACAGUUUACAGUACAGUAUCCUUCACACUGUGUCAAUAUAUAAUACUGUGUUCUUUCUCUUUCAGAGGGGUGGUCAGAAGGUCUCUUGGACAGCCUUGGUCUUGUUGCUGAUUGGCUGGACUUUUGCCUUGGUUAGCUUGUGUCUUGCCAUUGCCCAAAAGAUCACCUGGUUGGAUUACCUCUACUAUUUCUCCUACAUCAAACUAGCAGUCACUCUAAUCAAAUAUGUACCACAGGUAAGGGCUACACACUUCAGAACCAAACAUAUCAAUGCACCGCACUACAAUAGCUUUGUGAUAAACACUGUAUUUGUUAAAACGUCUAUUUGGAAGGUCACGUGAUGUGCAGAGAGUAGGCGCCUCAGAACCGAGCCCCUGGCUUUUACAUCUUUUUUCAUGUUUGAACACUCUUCAAACAGCACUACCUUACAAGGAAUGUCAUUGUGUAUUUUUAAUCAAAAUGUGUGUAUUACUGUUAGUUUUACAAUGUGGGUCCAAGAGACUUUUUUGCAGGUCUAUUGAAGAUGCAUAUGCCCAUUAAAGCACAUCUUUGCUGGUAAAACCUGAUGAUUUUUGAAAAUUUUAGGUUUAGCUGAUUGCAUGAUUAAGGGAUCUCUCAUCAACCAUACCUGCAUCAAAUGUGUCAUUGCUCCAACAGGCUUCUGUAAACCAAGUUUGGUGACUCUACAGAUAGUUUAAACAAGGAGUAGUAUUCUGAGGAGGUUAAUGGAGGAUUUUAUGUUGCCAUGACAACAGUGUUUGACAUACAGUUAUGUGAUCUUUGGUGGAUUGGAGGAAGGUCUUAGGAGAAUAUUCCAGACAAUUUAGUAACCCAGACAAGAUUUGACUAGUUUUGUGGAGACAGUAACUUCCUGUUGUCAGAAAGUGGCGCUGUGAUUUUAUGAAAUGACAGAAAAAGGACAAAGAUGUUGGUAUUCCAUAAAGCAAAAGAACGAGGCAAAUCAAAUCACUCCAUUUGAUUAUCUGUUAACUUUUUUUCUUGAGUCUGUAUGAAACUCCCAGAAUGCUAUAUGAUGGUGGUAUUUUGAUGAUCUGUUUUUAAUAUCUUAUUAUUUCUCAGGCAUACAUGAACUACAGAAGAAAGAGUACUGAGGGCUGGAGUAUUGGUAAUGUGUUGCUGGACUUCACCGGUGGAACCUUCAGUAUUCUUCAGAUGAUCUUACAGUCUCACAAUAACGGUAACUUGUGCACAGCACUUUUUAAUACUUUGUGCUGCAGUUCUUGAUAUUAGUUGUUUUUGGAGUAGCCACUAUUGAAACAGACUGAAAGGGAAUUUCUGCAUUGAAAAAAACACUAACUUUAGUUUCAGUUCAGUCCACUACACUGCUAUUCAAACAAGACCCUUUAGGGAGCUCAACGGGGUUUGACUUGUUCAAAUAAAAUACGUUGAUUCUUUAAAAAAAAUACCCAAAAGACAAGAUGUAUAUGAAUAGACUUGCUUUAGACUUUUGGCAAGUUUUUUGUCUUCAAAUAGAAAAAUGGCAAAGUUCACCUGAGUGAGAAAUAAGCUUUUGUUAUGUAUAAUUAUGUGUCCAUGUGAUGCACAAACAGCUUGAGCUGACUGCCCUCACUUGACACUUACACCCAACUUACAAACUUUCUGUUUAACUCAAUUUUACAGCAAGCAGAUACAGUGUAGCCACUAUUCACUAUUCUGCUCAGCAGUAGUAGUAGUUGUUGUAACAGUAAUGUGCGAUGUCCACAGCUUGAAAUCUUACUUUUUAUAAAUUAAUACUUAAAUUACCUGAACUUGCAAAUAUAUCUCGAUUCUUUUUAUAUGUUUGAUUGUGGCGGGGCGCCACUAACGCCGUCCUCAUCGCGGCUGGCCGCUCUCUCCCUCGCGGCUGGCCGCUCUCUCUCUCGCGGCUGGACGCACGCUCUCUCUCGCGGCUGGACGCCUUCUCUCCCUCUCGCUCUCCCUCGUCGCUCGGCGCCGACGUGGGGGAAUAGCGUGGUCACUCGCGGCUGGAGUGACAGACGGACGGGAGUCAAAAUGAACAUUUAAAAACAAUAAUUGGACUCUUGCGUCCCCGUGGUUGGUGUUAGAGGGUGCACACUCAAACACCUACACGGGUCUCGCUUACAUGUACACGCACACACAUACACACUCACCUUCUGUCUCCGCUUCAUGGACUGAACAGAGGCAGUUCCGGGUCACCUGUUAAGUAGCACUAGGUGACGUGCCUCCGCGGGUCAGGUGAUCCAGGGAGAAACCAAAGUCCGGGAACAAAUUGAUUUAUAGGAAAAAUAUUGUGUUUGGGUUUAAUAUUGGCUCAGCCAUGUGGAGGGUGUGAGCAACAGUAAUUGCUUUGUAUUAUUUUGUGUAUGUAGAAAUAUUAGUUAUGAUAUAAUAGCUGAUAUCUUGAAAAACCCCUUGAUUGUUUUGAUUGGUUUGUCCGGAGGAGGGGCCAAGGGGUAUUUAAAGGAGCUCAGCUCACUUGUUGGGGUGCCUCCUGGUUGAGCAGACGUAUGUUGGUCCUGGUAUUUGAAUUGCGGUUUGUAAAUAGUUUUUCCUCUGUCUUUUUUGUAAAUAAUUUUUGUAAAUAUUUUUUGUACAUAAGAGUUUUCACCUGUGGGUAUUUUUUUGGAGAUGGUGUAAAUAAAAGGAAAUCACCGUACUCGGUUCUCGACUGUGCCAUCAUCUUUCCCUCCACAACCGAAAAAGAACUUAAAGAAACUGAACCCGCGACAUUUGGUGUCAGAAGUGGGAUGGCCAGUCGAAGGGGACGCAUCCGGUUCACAGGAAGACGGACCGGACUGCGGUCACAAAAAGUGGAAGAAGCUGUGGAGGAAGCAGCCUGGGCCACAGAGGAUGAGGAUGAAGAGGGUGCUGCUGGGCCUUCCUGGCAGGCAGACCCGGGAACUUCAGGUGCUGGGGCGGAGCUGCUUACAGUGAUGAGAACUUUCCUGGAGGGGCAGCAGAGGAGAGAGGAGGGCUUGCUUGCAGAGCUCAGAGGGCUUCGAGCUGCCUUACCAGUCCCACUGCAGCAGCCUGAGGCAGAACGGAGGCCGGUAACACCAAGUCCAGCACCAAGAACCACUCCGCCAUCUGCUGGAUCAACUAUGAGCCUCCGUCUUGAGUUACCAACUCCAGCUCCUCGGCCACGACGCAGUUCUCCCGUGGAGGCACCAAGGAUUAGGGCAAGUAGCCUGGCAGAACCUCCUAGGUCUGAGAGCCGACCCUGGGGUGACCCCAAGAUCCCUCAGUAUCUGGCGGGAGAGGACAUUGAAAAUUACCUGCUCCGCUUCGAGCGCAUUGCCAGAACGUGGGGUUGGCCAGACAGUGAGUGGGCCUGUCGCCUGGUGCCUCUGCUCACUGGAAAGGCGCUGGAGGCUUACACAGCGAUGGAUGAGGACCUGGCUCACUCCUACCCGGACCUGAAGGCAGCGCUCCUGAUGAAAUUUGACGUCUCCCCGGAGACUUAUCGCCAGCAGUUCCGGUCCAUGGCUGUCCCACCAGGAGAGAACCCCACAGAGACUUACCACCGCUUAAAGGGUCUCUACCGUCGAUGGGUCCGGCCAGAGCAGCAUACAAAGGAGCAGAUCGGGGAGCAGGUCAUAUUGGAGCAGCUGCUGAGGGUCUUCCCGGCUGACAUCCGCACCUGGGUGAAGGAGCAUGAGCCGACGGAUGGGCUAGCUGCAGGGAAGCUGGCACUGCAGUACCUUAACGCACGGAGGGGAGGCCCGACAGUCAACCAGGGUGGACCCAGUCGGCAGGUUUCAUCACAGCCCAGACCAGCGGCCAGAGCCAGCCAGCAUCCAGCAGGAGAACCUCGGUCCGCACCUCGCCAGCGCAGCCCUGGUAAGGAGCUUAUUUGUUUUUACUGCCAGCAAGCAGGACACAAGGCUGCUCUGUGCCCCAUCAGAAAAGCCAAGCUUAGCAGUGCCUGCUACACUCCCCGAGCGGAGGUUGCAAGUGCUGGGGGACGGCAACCAAGAUUCAAGGAAAUAACCAUAAAUGGGGAAUGUGUGACUGCUUUGGUUGACUCUGGGAGCUUCCUGACGCUGGUGCGAAGGGAGCUGGUGCCAACGGGCAGUGUGGAUUAUAGCAGACAGGAAGACAUUCUGUGCGCACACGGGGACAGCCAUUCCUACCCCACAGCUGAGGUGACAGUGGUAGUGGACGAGCAGCCUUAUCUGCUGACUGUGGGGGUGGUGGAUAGGUUGCCUGUGGCUGCGAUCCUGGGUUGGGACUUCCCAGUGCUACUGGACGUGCUGCUGGAGGCAGGACCCACAGCCAGUGACCUGGGGAAAGGGUUGUCUGGGCUGGUGAUCACCCGUGCCCAGGCCAGAGCGGGGAUUGCAACCGGCCCAGGGCAGGAAAAGGGCCCUGAGCCAGAACUUUUUUCAACCCUGGACAGUGGUUUGUUUGAGGGGGGCACAAAGGGCCCCAGAAAGUCCCGCCAUCAGCGGCGGUUUGAGAAGGGGCUGAAAUCCCAGGAGCCAGACCGAAAAAAGGGGCUGGCAAAGGACAGAUGGAAUGUGCCAGAGGACAUUGGGGCCUUACAAAGGGAGGACACAACUCUGACGCCCUGUUCGCCAAGGUGGUUUGGGGACAGGACCUAGCAAAGAAGGACAAAGACUGGUUUGUUGUGGACAAUAAUGUGCUCUAUGCGAUGACAGAUGAGGUCAGACGCCUGGUGGUUCCUGUGUCAUGUCGGCAGAUGAUCAUGCACCUGGCACACACCUUGCCUUGGGCUGGUCAUCUUGGUCGCAACAAAACCUACCUGCGGAUAUCUGCAAGGUUCUUCUGGCCUUCCAUGUAUGCGGAUGUACAAACAUUUUGUAAAACCUGUCCCACCUGUCAGAAGACUUGCUUUGUCCGCCAAUCAGACCGUGCCUACCUCCAACCACUACCCGUGAUCUCCACUCCAUUUAGGCGGAUAGCCAUGGACAUUGUUGGCCCAUUGGUGAGGAGCAGCGGAGGGCACCAGUACAUCCUGGUGGUCUGUGAUUAUGCCACUCGUUUCCCUGAGGCUUUUCCCCUGCGCACGGUCACUGCUCCGGCUGUGUUGCGUUGCCUGGUCCAGCUGUUCUCCAGGGUGGGUAUUCCAGACGAGAUCAUCACAGACCAGGGGACUAAUUUCACCUCCAGACUCCUGCAGCUCUUCCACCGACAGUUGGGGGUCUCCACAAUCAAGACCACCCCAUACCACCCUCAGACAGAUGGCUUGGUUGAGCGUUUCAACCAAACCCUCAAGAAGAUGCUGCAGAAAUUUGUGUCUGACACCGGGCAAGACUGGGACCAGUGGUUACCCUUCCUGCUUUUCGCCUACCGAGAGGUUCCCCAAGCCUCCACGGGGUUCUCCCCGUUUGAACUACUGUAUGGCUGGGAGGUACAGGGGCCAUUGGAUCUGCUUCUAAAGACGUGGGAGGCUCCUGCAACAGGCACCAGUGACCGCAGUGUGGUCCAAUUCGUGUUGGAGAUGAGGGACCGGCUGGCAAAGUACCGGGAGGAGGCCGAGGUCAACCUGCGCGAAGCCCAGCAGGCCCAGAAGGCGUGGUAUGACCAACAUGCCAGACGCAGAGAGUUCCAGCCCGGCCAGAAGGUCCUACUCCUCCUCCCAUCCUCCAACAGCAAGCUGCUUGCCAAGUGGCAGGGCCCGUACACCGUCCUCCGGAAGAUGGGCCCUGUGACCUAUGAGAUCCACCACCCGGACAAGAAAAGGGCAAAGCAGGUCUACCACAUCAACCUGCUGAAGGAGUGGAAGGAGGCUCCAGCUCAGGGCCCUGUGGCGGCCCUAUUGGUGAUGGAGGGGGACAGUGAAGGGGAGGAGGAGUGUAUCCUCGCCGACCGCCACCAGUAUGCUGAACCUGCUCUGGGCCAUCUCUCUGCUGUCCAGUCCAGCCAGCUGUGCCAGGUGUUCGAGAGGGUCUCCAAGCUCUUCGCUGCCAGCCCGGGGAGGACCGGCCUCAUCGAGCACGUGGUCCACCUGAAAGACAAGGGGCCAGUUCGCCAGAGGAGUUACCGGGUGCCACAACAUCUGGUGGCCAAGCUCCUGAAGGAGGUGGAAGAGAUGCAGCGCCUGGGGGUGAUCGAACCGUCGCAGUCCGAGUGGUGCAGCCCAGUGGUCAUUGUGGUGAAGAAGGACGGUUCCCUCCGCAUCUGCAUCGACUUCAGGAAGCUGAACGCAAUGUCGGAGUUUGACGCCUACCCGAUGCCACGGAUCGACGAGCUGCUGGAGAGGAUUGGCCGGGCCAGGUUCAUCACCACCCUGGACCUCUGUAAGGGCUACUGGCAGGUACCCUUGGAAGCAUCCAGUCGUCCCUACACAGCGUUCCAGACACCUUCCGGCCUCUUCCAGUUCACGGUGAUGCCCUUUGGCCUGCAUGGGGCACCCGCCACCUUCCAGAGACUGAUGGACCAGGUUCUACGGGGGUGUGAGGACUGCAGUGCUGCCUACCUGGAUGAUGUGGUCAUCUUCAGUGACACCUGGGAGCAGCACCUGCAUCACCUGGAGCGAGUCCUGGGCCAGAUCCAGCAGGCAGGCCUGACACUGAAUCCAGCCAAAUGCCAGUGGGCUAAGGAGGAGACAGAGUACCUGGGGUACCGGCUGGGACGAGGGGAGGUCCGGCCGCAGGUGGACAAGGUGGAGGCCAUCCGCAGCUGCCCACGCCCUCGAACCAAGAAGGAGGUGAGGUCCUUCUUGGGUUUGGCCGGCUGGUACAGAAGGUUCGUCCCACAGUUUGCCACCAUCGCAGCGCCUCUGACAGCUCUGACAGCGAAGGACCAGAGAAACCCUGUCAUCUGGAACAAUGACUGCGAGACGGCCUUCCACGCUCUCAAAGCCUGCUUGUGCUCUUCGCCAGUUUUGAGAAGCCCUGACUUCAGACAGCGGUUCCUGGUCCAGACGGAUGCUUCAGCUGUGGGACUGGGGGCAGUCCUGGCCCAAGGUGAACCUGGGGAGGAGCGACCAGUGCUGUACCUGAGCCGCAAGCUGCUGCCACGGGAGACCAGGUACUCCACGGUGGAGAAGGAAGGCCUGGCGAUCAAAUGGGCCCUGGAGAGUAUGAGAUACUACCUGCUGGGGAGGGAGUUCGACUUGGAGACUGACCAUCGGGCGCUGACGUGGAUUCAUUCGAUGAAGGAUCACAACAGUCGUCUCACCCGCUGGUACCUCUCCCUCCAACCAUUCAGAUUCCGGAUCCACCAUCGGCCGGGCAAGAGCAAUGUUGUGGCAGACUAUCUGUCAAGGUUGCCGCACAUCGCCAACCUCGGGGAGGAGAGGGGUAAUGUGGCGGGGCGCCACUAACGCCGUCCUCAUCGCGGCUGGCCGCUCUCUCCCUCGCGGCUGGCCGCUCUCUCUCUCGCGGCUGGACGCACGCUCUCUCUCGCGGCUGGACGCCUUCUCUCCCUCUCGCUCUCCCUCGUCGCUCGGCGCCGACGUGGGGGAAUAGCGUGGUCACUCGCGGCUGGAGUGACAGACGGACGGGAGUCAAAAUGAACAUUUAAAAACAAUAAUUGGACUCUUGCGUCCCCGUGGUUGGUGUUAGAGGGUGCACACUCAAACACCUACACGGGUCUCGCUUACAUGUACACGCACACACAUACACACUCACCUUCUGUCUCCGCUUCAUGGACUGAACAGAGGCAGUUCCGGGUCACCUGUUAAGUAGCACUAGGUGACGUGCCUCCGCGGGUCAGGUGAUCCAGGGAGAAACCAAAGUCCGGGAACAAAUUGAUUUAUAGGAAAAAUAUUGUGUUUGGGUUUAAUAUUGGCUCAGCCAUGUGGAGGGUGUGAGCAACAGUAAUUGCUUUGUAUUAUUUUGUGUAUGUAGAAAUAUUAGUUAUGAUAUAAUAGCUGAUAUCUUGAAAAACCCCUUGAUUGUUUUGAUUGGUUUGUCCGGAGGAGGGGCCAAGGGGUAUUUAAAGGAGCUCAGCUCACUUGUUGGGGUGCCUCCUGGUUGAGCAGACGUAUGUUGGUCCUGGUAUUUGAAUUGCGGUUUGUAAAUAGUUUUUCCUCUGUCUUUUUUGUAAAUAAUUUUUGUAAAUAUUUUUUGUACAUAAGAGUUUUCACCUGUGGGUAUUUUUUUGGAGAUGGUGUAAAUAAAAGGAAAUCACCGUACUCGGUUCUCGACUGUGCCAUCAUCUUUCCCUCCACAACCGAAAAAGAACUUAAAGAAACUGAACCCGCGACAUUGAUCUUUUUUUAUUUUCUGUAAAUAUGAUGCUGGAAUUAAAAUUUCCUUCCCAAAAGGAUUAAUAAAGUUUUAUCUAGUCUAAUCUAAUCCAAUCCAAUGUCCUCUCAGUAUACUAAUCUUUGUCAGGAAUACCCUCAGGGUUCAUUUGAUUUCCGACGUUUAAACCCAUGAACAACUUCCAUGUUGGAGAAGAGUCCUUGAAAUAGAUUGUAAAUAAAUACAUUUGUAUAUUUUCGUUAUUCUUGAAUACAGUGUUUACAGCAACUAAAAAGAUAUUGGAGUUAUUGCUAGUUGAAUAGAAAACCAAACUAUAAUCCAAGCUACACUAAGUUUGAUUUUCAUCUGUAACAAAUGUAAAAACAGGAGUGCUUUGCAUUUUUACAAUGAUCAUUUAUGCAUCGCAGCAUUCGUAAUUAGGACGUGAGAGCAGACACAUUUUUAUGUUUGUUGUAAAUCAGUUGGUAUAUAUGCACCUGAAUUUUUCACAUAGUUCUAACCUGAUCUUUUUAUCUUACUCACAGAGUCUGUUGUUGUCCUUAUUGCUCUGUCUUUUUUGCAGAUGAAUGGCAGCUGAUAUUUGGAGAUCCAACAAAGUUUGGCCUGGGUCUGUUCUCUGUGGUAUUUGACAUCCUCUUCAUGACUCAGCACUAUUGUCUCUAUAGAAAGCCACGGCAGUAUGAAGCUAUUACAGAGCAGCCAGAAGAUUGAUGCUUUUCUGUGGCUGGACCGUCAUAACCUCAAGGGAGUGUAUGAGUGCUCUAUCUCUAUCUAUCGUACUGUAAGCACAACUGGGCAACCAAGAAAUGAUUGAAGCUGUUGAUGAUCUUCUCCAGAACUGUAACAGACGUGCCUUCUUUUUAAAAAUCAGCACUUGAAUGUCACAAUGUCUUUAUAAACACUUUUUUGCAAUAUCACAGCUGUAAUUAUAGUGUUUUUUCUUUAGAUGAUAUACAUAAUUUCAUAGUCUUGUUUAUACAUAAGGAGGCCAAUUAUAGAAGCCAUCUUGGCACAUCACAGACUGCUGUCUGUGUUGUUAAGUAAUAUAAAUGUCAGUGAUGGAAUGAAGACAGACUUGGCCAGUACACUCCAACAGUUCACCUCCAUGUAUUGGUGCCCAACAUAGUUGUCUUGAGUGAAUGAGUCUUUUCAAUCCAAUCAGCUCCUCACAGGAGUGUCUUAUUGAAAAAGAAGACAUGGGUUUAGGACAAAAUAGGACUGAAAAAAGGAGAGAGUUGUAAAAAAGGGAGAACAUCAGCUUGGUCUCUGUCACAAAGGGCCCUUAUGUGCUUCAGUGAGUCAGUGUUGAAGUGCAGCAAAUGUUUCCUUUGGUACCUUUUCAUUGCGUGAAAUCAUGAGAUAGCAGCACCUUUUUUCUCAUGGUACACAAGAGAAAGUUGUGUCCAACCAAACAUUUGAGCUGAAAAGAAAAACUCUGUCAUCACGCUAUAGGUGCCUGAUGAGUGGAACAUAAAACGUAAUGAAAAGGAAGCUUUGGAUCCGAAGGGUGGGAAUCAGACAGAUCAGUGCAUGAAAUUGAGACAACACAUUAUAAUACCAGUUUAAAAUAAAGGGACUGUGUUUGAAUGGUAAUUUCUCAUCUUCUCACCACUCGGAGCACUUUUUUUUUUUUAAAUUUAGUCUCACAUUCACCCGUUCACUUCCACACACUGAUGGCAGAGGCUGCUGUGUAUAGAGCCCAUCAGUUUUUAUUUCUACUCAUUCUAUUCUACAGUCUACUUUUCCCAUAAGUUACUACAAUAUUCUGAUGUUGCUUGUGGUCUCAGAUCUCCAAACAGAUGAUGAGGUAGGAAAAGCACCUCACAAAAGUUUAAAGUUAUGGAAAGCACAAAUACUGUAGAUCCAGUAUGACAAAAUAUUUUCAUCUAAAUACAUGGCCCUUGGGCACAGCUAUGCCUGUGGUGUGUUUAAACUGGUAUGACAGAAUAAACCCAAAAAGAAAAAGGAAAUGAAGUGUUAUUACUCCACAUAUAACGGUAAAAGAAGGGAGAAGAUGUAGUCCAGCAUCUACUUUUGCAUCAGCCUGUACUCCUCUUAUUUAUGACUUGAACUCUGUUAGGCCUGAAAUUAAUAUUGUCAUUGCUCUGAGCAGUUGGCCUCAAACCUUGACCUCCUUUUGAGGUGGUGUAGGUGCAGCUCAAAAUAUAACAUUGUCCUGAAAGAGUCCAUUGUUUACCCAUAAUUUAAUUUAAAAAAAAAAGAAACACAACUCUAGAUUCACCACACAAGAUGAAAUAUUUCAAAACCAUUUUGUUUGGAUCUUGAUCACGGUUUAAAGCUCUCAGAAAUUAAAAAUCCAUAAACUCAAAGCAUUAGAUACUAAUACAAAAAUCCUCAUUGAGGACACCUUUGGACACACUUAUCUGAUGAACCAACUCAUAACAAUAGGAGUGAACAUGAAUGAAUGAGAGACAGUGCCGAUACUGAUCUGUUGUACACCAUCUUGGAUUGCAUUUCUUUUUUUUCCCUUUUUCUCUUGGUUUGCUCUAAUCCUAAAUUUCUUGAGAGCUUUAGAAAAGAUGUGUGUUUAUCUAUGUAGGCCAGCAGUUUUUUCUUUCAUCUGCUCUUUUUUAACAUUGCUGUUUUCUUGUAUUUGUCGUUUUUGUAUUAUUUCAUUCAUAAAAUAAUAAUAUCAAUAAAUGAAUAAAUUUUUAAGAUUCUAUAUUUUGCUUUCCAUGUUUGGAUCUGUCCUUAUAAAAGCUGGUAACAAGCAGACUCUGGUUGUUUCGUCAUUGUUGUUUCUCUGCAUAUGAAAUAGCCCCACUAUAAUCAGCUGUGUUGUGAUUGUGAAUAAACUUCCAGAUAAUCCCAGUCAAA